CACCUGGCACAAAGUGUACCUACUAACGAUGAACUGAUAAGUUUCCAUCAAUCAGUCUGAUACUGGUGUUGGUUAGUGUCGAAACUUCGGCUUCUAGUGUCUACGAUCAAUUUGACAGCCAUGGCUGGGUACGAUGAGUAUGCGCCAUACGAAAAUACCACUUGGCACAUCAUCCCCCCGGAUUAUAUUCAUUUGGAGGAGGAGUACAGAUAUCCGCUCUUGGAUACGAUGAAGAUGACCGGGGCCACCAUGGUCAACCAAAGGCAGCCUGCCAGUUUUGCAAUUAGUGAUAUUUUAGAAUUAGAUAGACAACAUAGUGAAGAAAUAGAUCCAAUAACGACUGAUACUUCAGCCUAUCCCACACAUCAUGACCUAUCGUACUCUUCGAGGCAUCAGUGGCUUCAAAUGCCUGACCCUGGCAUGCCUCCAAACCAACCCCACCAUACCUUACCGCCACAUCCGUCCCAACUCAGUCCGGACAGCACAUCACCUGCCAUGAGCGAAAGAUCCAGCGUUCCCCCAGACACACCCCUUCCAGAAAACUCCUUGCAAUCGAACCCCCUUAACCAAGCCCCUUCCUCCAUGGGCACCAUAUCGGAGGGAGAAAUGGAGGAGCAAGAUGACGCGAAAGACGAGGGCGACCAACACAUCUCCGGACAGAAGAAACGAAAAAGGAGGGUGCUGUUCUCCAAAGCUCAGACCUACGAAUUGGAGAGGAGGUUUAGGCAGCAGAGGUAUCUCUCUGCACCUGAACGAGAGCAUUUGGCGUCGAUAAUUAGACUGACGCCGACGCAAGUCAAGAUUUGGUUUCAAAAUCAUAGAUAUAAAACCAAAAGGGCCCAACACGAAAAAGGGAUGCACGAUCAACAAAACAACCCCAUGCCGUCACCGCGAAGAGUGGCGGUACCAGUACUCGUUAGAGAUGGUAAACCCUGUUUGACAGGUAGCCAAAAACCGGAUAGCAUGUCCUUACCUGGACCCAUGAUGAUGGGCAACCAUGGUGGUCACCCAUUGUUAUACACCCAAUCUAGAGUUUGGUGGGAUAAUUUAGCGAUUUCGAGAUAG